AUGGAUGAAAUCACAAAGACUUGCACAGAUUUCGAUACAGUUAUUACUAAAAGAACGGUGAUGGAAUUGAGUUCAAAUGAUUACAAAAGUGAUAAGGAAAGUAUUAUCUGCACUAGUACCAUCAGUAAUACUGAUAAUUCUUCUCUUACUAGUACUUUCAAUUCUUUAUCAUUACUGAAUUCCUCAAAUUAUUUUAUUCACGAUAAAUUACGUGAAAAUACGCAAUCACCAAGUCUCGAUAAUAAUAAUCACUCUUAUUUACCAUCACUUAUUAUGGCUACACCGCAUAUUGAACCCUUUGAUAUUUCUUCACAACACACAGUUCAGGAAUUGGAUGAAAAACGUGAAAAUGAAAAAGUUUACGAAUAUUUGCUUCGACUCACGGAAGUGAGAAAGUAA